GAGUCUCACUCUGUCACCAGGCUGGAGUGCAGUGGCAUGAUCUGGGGUCACUGCAACCUCUGCCUCUCGGGUUCAAGCAACUCCCCUCCCUCAGCCUCCUGAGUAGCUGGAACUACAAGCGCGCGCCACCACGCCCAGCUACUUUUUGUAUUUUUAGUAGAGACAGGGUUUCACCAUGUUGGCCAGGAUGGUCUCGAUCUCUUGACCUCGUGAUUUGCCUGCCUCGGACUCCCAAAGUGCUGGGAUUACAGGCGUACGCCACCGUGCCCGGCCUCAGUGUAGAUAUUUUUUAAAGCCAAGAAAACCAUAAGUAUUGCACAAGUUAUACACGUAUCUGAAUUUACAUGCACACGUAGAUAUCAGUUCAUCGGACUCACUCUCCUGUUUAAGAUAUGACCAGAGGCUUGUAACGACAAUGUAGAAUUCUAAGAUAGCACAAUAAAACAAUCAUAAACUAACCAUUUCCCUUUGCCAAGUUUAGCAAAGUGGAUGGAACAGGAAAAAAGAUAUUCAUGAUAAUCCUGUUUCAUAAAGAUUAAGGCUGGAUUCAGGUGCAGCCAUUCAGAUAAGGGGAGGGGUAUUAAAUUAUCCGAGGUUCUCAUUUGGUUACUAUUAUUUCUUAAGGCUUUUUUAAGGCUAAAGACGGCUGAAAGUCACUGGACACCUUUGUAGCCUUGUCAUCUGGUCCUGGCCACAUCUGAGUUGAGAAAAACCAGCCUCAGAUCCGCCUCUGCAGGAGUCGGGCGCUCCCCACUCCCUGCACGCCCCGACUCCAACCCUGGCUUCAGCUUCAAUCCCAGAAAAGAGGAUCAAAACGACAGGUUCCACUAACAAACACUGCGCCAGCCCCUCUGUUUUGGAGAAAAGGAAAAGGGCGUGAGGUUUCGGUCAUUUUUGUCCGAAGAAAUCAGAUGAAAAGGGGUGUACAAAGGACCAGGUCUCGUGAGCGCAGCCAAUCUUGUCCGCUCCCAAGCGACUCAGGCUUUUGGCAGGACUUGCUGUAGAGUCCCAGACGGAGUUAGCCACUGAGUCCUUCAGCGUCCCAGGAAAUAACAACACUGUUGGCAGGUGGGGGAGGGCUCCCGGGAAGAUAUCCAAUAGUGGCGCCAGGCAAGAGGACAGAAAUGCUCCUUUCAUUCACCUUGCGAAGCAGAGCAUUUGGUCCCCGUUGGCCUCUGACUCUCUGUUGCGGCAAUCUAGAUGUUACCAGAGUUCCCGUGUUUCCUUCAUAUUCAAAGGCACAGGAAAUCUGGGGUGCAAGCGGACUGCUGUCCCUCAAGGAAUAGAAGUCUGUGACAAACGUAUAGAAAUGAGUUUCAUGUUGAACAAAAUCCGUUUCGGCGUUCCUCCCUCAUCCAGCCUUGAUUCUCCAGAUGUUUACCAACUUCUUAAUAUUUGACUCAACUGCACGGCUUUCAACCCGCGCUUUUGUUAGAAUACUACUAUUUUCCCAUUAAAGCAAUGCCCACACUCAGUUUGCUUGGUGAAAAUGUUAAUAACGCACACUUAGAAAAACGGUGAUAACCGUUGCUUGCAUAAAGUGGCCAUUUGAAUAGACUUUGGGUCUGAUUUAGAGAUUUAGGGAUGGAUGUUUAAAAAAAGCAAAAGUAGUAACAGACUAUAUAGCAUUGGUAAUGUGUGUGUGCAUAUAUACAUGUUAUUUUUUUAAAAAUAAAGUUCGAUUAUUUCACCUGGCUUGUCAGUCACCUAUGCAGGCGUCUGAGCCCCCGGGUUUCCAGGAGCCCCCCGUAUAAGGACCCCAGGGACUCCUCUCCCCACGCGGCCGGGCCGCCGGCCCAGCCCCCAGCCCGGAGCGCUGCCACCGACCCCCUCAACGUCCCAAGCCCCAGCUCUGUCGCCCACGUUCCUUCCUCUUCCUGGACCACAAUCUUGGCUUUCCCGGACCGGCUUCACGCAGUUGCGCAGGAGCCCGCGGGGGAAGACCUCUCGUGGGGACCUCGAGCACCGCGUGCGACCCUAAAUCCCCACAUCUCCUCUGCCGCCUCGCAGGCCACAUGCACCGGGAGCCUGGCGGGGCAGGCGCGGCCCACAAGGACCCCCAGCGAUGGAGACGCAACACUGCCGCGACUGCACUUGGGGCAGCCCCGCGGCGUCCCAGCCGCCUCCCGGCAGGAAGCGUAGGUGUGUGAGCCGACCCGGAGCGAGCCGCGCCCUCGGGCCAGCGUGGGCAGGGCGCCGCAGCCUGCGCAGCCCCGAGGACCCCGCGUCGCUCUCCCGAGCCAGGGUUCUCAGGAGCGGGCCGCGCAGGAGACGUUAGAGGGGGUUGUUAGCGGCUGUUGGGAGAACGGGUCACGGAAACAGUCCCUUCCAAAGCCGGGGCCAUCGUGGGGUGGGCGAGUCCGCCCUCCCAGGCCGGGGGCGCGGACCAGAGGGGACGUGUGCAGACGGCCGCGGCCACCCCCACCUCGCCCGGGCGGAAACGCACAGCUGGAGCUGGAGGGCCGUCGCCCGUUGGUCCCGCAGGGGCCUGAACGCCCAGGGGUCGCGGCGAGUCCACCCGGAGCGAGUCAGGUGAGCAGGUCGCCAUGGCGAUGCGGCCCAGGAGAGCGCACGCCUGCCGCGGUCGGCAUGGAAACGCUCCCGCUAGGUCCGGGAGCGCCGCUGAUUGGCCGAUUCAACAGACGCUGGUGGGCAGGUCAGCCGCAGCGCUAAGCCCGGCCGCCUCCCAGGCUGGAAUCCCUUGACACUUGGUCCUUCCCGCCCCGCCCUUCCCUGCCCUGCCCUGCCCUGCCCCGCCCUUCCCCGCCCUGCCCCGCCCGGCCCGGCCCUGCCCAACCCUGCCCCGCCCAGCCGGCCACUUCUUAACUCCGAUCCUCCAGUGCACUUGCCAGUUGUUCGGACACAUAGGAAGAUAACGCCGGGAAGAGCGGGGCGCGCUUUGGGGUCCAGGCAGGUUUUGGGGCCUCCUGUCUGGUGGGAGGAGGCCGCAGCGCAGCACCCUGCUUGUCACUUGGGAUGGAGACCGGCCUUCCCGCAGUCAUGUACCCUGGAUCAUUUAUUGGGGGCUGGGCAGAAGAGUAUCUCAUCUGGGGAAGAACGGGGCUCCCAGAUUUCAACUUCCAGGUAAUGUGGGUUUAGUAUGCCGACUUGGAGGCUUGUCAGAAUCUUUCUCUCCUUCCAGCCCAACACGAGGUCUUGGGAUAAAAAGCCUCCCUCAGGGAUUCAAAUGACUGUUUUGAUUCAGAGCAACUUUGAGAGCCUGUGCGGUCGCACCUGUCCUUUCAGCCCUAAUAAUUGCUGGGAAGAUCAGCAAUUGCAGCAGCCCGUGGAGUCUGAGGCAAUGCACUGCAGCAACCCCAAGAGUGGAGUUGUGCUGGCUACAGCGGCCCGAGAUCCCGAUGCUUGUCAGAUACUCACCAGAGCCCCGCUGGGCCAGGAUCCCCCGCAGAGGACAGUGCUAGGGCUGCUAACUGAAAAUGGGCAGUACAGGAGGACCUGUGGCCAGGGGAUCACAAGAAUCAGGUGUUAUUCUGGAUCAGAAAAUGCCUUCCCUCCAGCUGGAAAGAAAGUGCUCCCUGACUGUGGGGUCCAAGAACCCCCCAAGCAAGGGUUUGACAUCUACAUGGAUGAACUAGAGCAGGGAGAUGGAGACAGCUGCUUGGUCAGAGAGGGGAUGGCGUUUGAGGAUGUGUAUGAAAUAGACACCAGCACACUCAAGUCAGACCUGCACUUCCUGCUGGAUUUCAACACAGUUUCCCCUAUGCUGGUAGAUUCAUCUCUCCUCUCCCAGUCUGAAGAUAUAUCCAGUCUUGGCACAGAUGUGAUAAAUGUGACUGAAUAUGCUGAAGAAAUUUAUCAGUACCUUAGGGAAGCUGAAAUAAGGCACAGACCCAAAGCACACUACAUGAAGAAGCAGCCAGACAUCACGGAAGGCAUGCGCACGAUUCUGGUGGACUGGCUGGUGGAGGUUGGGGAAGAAUAUAAACUUCGAGCAGAGACCCUGUAUCUGGCUGUCAACUUCCUGGACAGGUUCCUUUCAUGUAUGUCUGUUCUGAGAGGGAAACUGCAGCUUGUAGGAACAGCAGCUAUUCUUUUGGCUUCGAAAUAUGAAGAGAUAUAUCCUCCUGAAGUAGACGAGUUUGUCUACAUCACCGAUGAUACGUACACAAAACGACAACUGUUAAAAAUGGAACACUUGCUUCUGAAAGUUCUAGCUUUUGAUCUGACAGUACCAACCACCAACCAGUUUCUCCUUCAGUACUUGAAGCGACAAGGAGUGUGCGUCAGGACUGAGAACCUGGCUAAGUAUGUAGCAGAGCUGAGUCUACUUGAAGCAGACCCAUUCUUGAAAUAUCUUCCUUCAUUGAUAGCUGCAGCAGCUUUUUGUCUGGCAAACUAUACUGUGAACAAGCACUUUUGGCCAGAAACCCUUGCUGCAUUUACAGGGUAUUCAUUAAGUGAAAUUGUGCCUUGCCUGAGUGAGCUUCAUAAAGCGUACCUUGAUAUACCCCAUCGACCUCAGCAAGCAAUUAGGGAGAAGUACAAGGCUUCAAAGUACCUGCGUGUGUCCCUCAUGGAGCCACCUGCAGUUCUUCUUCUACAAUAAGUUUCUGAAUGGAAGCACUUCCAGAACUUCACCUCCACAUCAGAAGUACCAUUAAUUGUCAUAGGCUUCUGCAGGUUGGAUCAACUAAUGUUGUUUACAAUAUAGAUGACAUUUUAAAAAUGUAAAUGAAUUUAGGUUCCCUUAGACUUUAGUAGUUUGUAAUAUAGUCCAACAUUUUUUAAACAAUAAACUGCUUGUCUUAUGA